UCCUCCCGCACCCACCUCCCGGCCCCAGGCACACUGCAGCUCGGCGCGGUCUCUCCAGACGCGGCGAGGUAGCUGCAAACUCACGGGCACGCACGGCGCUCUCAGAGCCGAGGGACUCGGGGGAGGGGACGCGCGCAAGGCGCUGGCAGCCACCCUCCGAGCUUGGAGACACCCGGGGCCCAGAACAGGGGAGAGCCCUGGCGACUGCGGCUUCCCUUUUCUCUCCCAGCUGAGCUCUGGAGAGACUCGGGGACUGGCCCUAAAAAAGAGCAGGAAAUCUUGUUUACCGCCCGGGGAGAGGAGACCAGCGAGCCUUUGUUUGGAAAGUCAGCGUCGCCGGCUCCUGAGGCAAUGUGUUCCUGGUGACAUUAGCCCAGGGUAGACGGGUCGAAGGAAAAGGGGGCUCGCAAGGUUCAGCUUUGCUUUCGGACGAGGAUCGAGAGGGUGACUUUUGUGCAUUUGUUUGAAUUUGUGGAAAUCUUUUUUCCCCUCCCUCUUGCCUCUCUUGCCCGCUGCCGGGCAUGUCCUGAUCUGGUGGCCGCGCCUACCAGCCCGGGGCUACCGAUUCGAGCUGUCUCCCGCGGGUCUCUCUCCCCUCAAUCCCUGACUUUGCAAUACCGGGAGGGCUGAUCUCCGUGAGGAAGGAGGCGGGGGAGUCACAGACACCGGGACUCGAAGCUUGACAUGUUCCAGGGCGGACCGGAGGCAGCCAGGAGCUGAGCGCACCGCCGGGGCUGCUUCGCUCACCGGCUCCCAGUGCCCUUGCCUUCCGUUGGGCGCCAACCUUGUUCAUCUGUUGGGACGCCCCCUUCUUCCCCGCGGUCCGCGGCCGGCAGGACCAUGCUGCUGAAGGAGUACCGAAUCUGCAUGCCGCUCACCGUGGACGAGUAUAAAAUCGGACAGCUGUAUAUGAUCAGCAAGCACAGUCACGAGCAGAGCGACCGGGGCGAAGGAGUGGAGGUCGUGCAGAACGAGCCCUUUGAGGACCCUCACCACGGCAAUGGGCAGUUCACCGAGAAGCGAGUGUAUCUCAACAGCAAACUGCCUAGCUGGGCUAGAGCUGUUGUUCCCAAAAUAUUUUAUGUGACUGAGAAGGCUUGGAAUUAUUACCCCUAUACAAUCACAGAAUACACAUGCUCCUUCCUACCGAAAUUCUCCAUCCACAUAGAAACCAAGUACGAAGAUAACAAAGGCAGCAACGACAGCAUUUUUGACAGUGAAGCCAAAGACCUGGAAAGGGAAGUGUGCUUUAUCGAUAUCGCCUGUGACGAAAUUCCAGAGCGCUACUACAAAGAGUCUGAGGAUCCUAAACACUUCAAGUCUGAGAAGACAGGCCGGGGGCAGCUGAGAGAAGGCUGGCGGGAUAGCCAUCAACCCAUCAUGUGCUCCUACAAGCUGGUGACCGUCAAGUUCGAGGUGUGGGGCCUUCAGACCCGAGUGGAGCAAUUUGUACACAAGGUGGUCCGAGACAUCCUGCUGAUUGGACACAGACAGGCCUUUGCGUGGGUCGAUGAGUGGUACGACAUGACAAUGGACGAAGUGCGAGAAUUCGAACGAGCCACUCAGGAAGCCACCAACAAGAAAAUCGGCGUUUUCCCACCCGCCAUUUCGAUCUCCAGCAUCGCACUGCUGCCUUCCUCAGUGCGCAGCGCCCCGUCCAGCGCCCCGUCCACCCCUCUUUCCACAGAUGCGCCAGAAUUCCUGUCCAUUCCCAAAGACCGGCCCCGGAAAAAAUCUGCUCCAGAGACACUCACACUUCCGGAUCCCGAGAAAAAAACCACCCUGAAUUUACCUGGUGUCCACUCUUCUGAAAAGCCAUGUCGGCCCAAGUCAGAGUAACUUCAUGUGAACAUCCCAUUGGGUUUUGUAUUUUCAUUUGAGGCUUUUUUUUUUUUUUUUUAAGAAUUCUCUGAUAGAGGAAAGGACUGCCUCGUCACUCAGAUAUGUCCUUUGAUCUCAGAGUGUGCAUGUGGUUAAAUAUUUUAACAGAUAGCAAGAACCCCUACGUGUGCCACACAGCAUCAUAGUGAACAUGAGAUGUAAGACUAGGAAAAAUAAAACAGGAGGGUGCUGAGGAGAGAACUUAGCCAGGAAAGGGCUGCAGGAGCUUGCAUGAAGCCCUGCGUUCCAUCCCCGGCGUGAUGAAAUCAAAAACAAUCAAACAAAAACCCCACAGCAUCUAUAGAUUUAUGUGUGGGGGGCCCUGGCGAGUCUGACGUGGGCUUCAAUGGUAACCAGGUGAAUGGAUGGAAAGCCGUGAAGCCGGUUUUGUUGAUUUUUUGUUUUGUUUUGUUUUGUUUUUAUUUUUGUAAGAUGUGGUAAAAUAAUGAAGUCAAUUUCCUCCCAUCAAACAUGAAAUUCUCAACAACAAAAAAGAAAAUACUCUCAGGUGUCACUCGCCUAAUAGAUAAAUUUUGGACUGCUGACCACCAAUACUUGAAUGCCAAUUGUUAUCAAUAUUCCUGUUUUGAUUAGUCUGACUCAGGAUUUGGGGCCUAAUCAACUCCUUAAAUUUUUGAAAAUUUUAAUGACCAAUUUCUAGAGGCUCCAAGUGCAAUUAAACAAUGACUUCUUUAUACCUUUUCAUAGAAUUUAAUAAAGAUCCCAUCUGUUCCCGUCUCUUAGUAAUUUCCCCUUUUGUACCCUGGUGGCCUCUCAAAUUUUUAGACUUGCCUGGAUGACUGUGAUCAUAGCUGAUAUAAUGUGGAAUGAUCUGGAAACUGAGAGCCCCAGGUGAGACAAACACCUCCUCUUCAGGUACCAAUGAAGCUUGACCUUUGACCUGUGAGUGUCCAUCAUCCAUUACAGGCCUCAGAAAUUCCAGUGAACUAAAUAGAAUUCAUUGACAAUCUCCCACAUGAGGAAGUUCAGAGUGGACUAAGUUACCUGGGCUUAACCACUAUCAAAAUGUCCGGUGUCCAAACCUUGCAAAAAAAGAAUCCUCCCGACCCGGUUAAAAGUGCUUAGCAACACCCAGACAUACCUGGAAUGGGAUGCCAAUCACCAGGUUUAGAAAACAUUAUUCUCUUACUCCUUCCUUACAAUCCAAAUAUUGUGGGCUGGGGUGUAGCUCAAUGGUAGAGUUCUUGCCUAGCAUGCAGACGGCCCUGGGCUCCGUCCCCAACCCUGCGUAAAGGAAACAGUGCUGUUGGCAAUGUCUGGGGGAGCCAGUAAACACAGUCACCUGGGGACCUUGUCUCCAUGAUUGGAAUCACCGAGUCCUAUUCGUACAGAGGUGUGGUCAUAAAUGCCCCCUUUGUCCUGAUCUCAUUGCUGAGAGACGUUGAAAUGGACGUCAGAGUCCAGGCCAACAGCUGGCAAGGUCAUUCGUCAAAAUGGCAGGGAGGAACCUGUCACUGUUGCCCCUCACUGUCUUUAAAUCCAUGGGGAAGGCAAGCAGAAUGUCAGCAAUGAGCAAGAGGUCGCUGGGGAGCUCCAGAGCCCAUGUCCUAGCUGUCCUUUCUGACUGUGGCCUCCAACCUCAGGCAAGGAAAUGACCCCCAACACAGAUCCCAAAGGAAAGAAAACAGACCUAGGAGUGUAUUCUCCUUCCCUGCCCGCUCCCAGCCAAAGGACCCUGCCCGCACCCUGUCUUGAGUGCUCUGCACUCCAGUGUCUCUCACAGGCGCUGGCCCCUUGAGCCCAGCACCGGAGUGCUGAGUAUGCCUAGAUCAUUUAUCAGUAGAUGGAUGUUGCGCCCAGUACUCAAAGGAAAACUGCAAAUAGCUCUGCGCACCAGUUCAUCUUUCCCUUAAGGGGGCCGUGCCGUAGUAGGGUGCCCGAGAAGCAUGACUCUCGCUUGUGGGAAGUCGCCAUCUUCCCUCGAACCCUUUGGACUGCUCAGCGGCUCCCUCUCCAAGCGGCUGUACUCAGUGAGAAUGUCUGGCUUUAAAAAGCAAAAUUCUCCCUUUGAGAAGACACAGAGUCUAUAUAUCUGCUCCCCGUUUGCAAGCUGAAACCCGGCUGGGGUGGGCUCAUUGGUUUUCGUGUGGUACAAAUUGGUUUCGUGUCAGUACCAUGCCACGUUCCCUUUUCUAUGCCAGCUUUUGUUGUCAAGGUCAGCAGUCUGUUUCACUUUGAAAAGCCACUUUCUGAUUCCCUUUCUGUGGGUUUUCUUUCCUUUAUAGUCAGCCCAACACCUUUGACACCAAUUGCGGCGCUAACCUCUGAUAGUGUAAUUCUUAACCAGCACGCGUGUGUUCAGCUUUUCUGCCUACGUGUGGUUUGCCUGUGCCACAACUAAGGAAGGGGUGGGAGUCUGGAUAUUUCGUUAGCUGCUUGGAAUAUGUAAUCCCGUCAUCACAAAGCAUACCUGACUUCGAUAUUUUCUGAAUCUUGAUUUUUCCAAGUAUCUCUUCGCUCUGUCCUGACCUGAGUCCGCUCCUGUGGGAUAGAAGCCCGCGAUGAAUGUGUACAUAGGACAUGAAUAACUCUUGUGAGGAUGGAAACAAAAUGGCUGCAUGAUGGAAAUUUGGGAAGACAAAAAAAAAUAUAGCAGAAACUUGAAUUUACUAAGCAUGUUUGAGGGGGAAAUAGAGUCCUUAACUCAGUGCCUCUGUCUGCCAUGUGAAAACCUCCAACUUUGUUCACCAAAACUGUAUUAUACCUGUACAUAUAUAUAUAUACAUAGACAAAAAUGCAGGAUAGUGAGUCCCGCACCACAGUUCUAAGUCUCCGGUAGCCAAACUGAAGGAAGUAACCCAUAGGAUAAUACCUGUGUUUACCCCCUCUUCAUCGCCGAUGUUGGUGGAUGCUACUGAAAUGGCCAUACAUGUCUUUACUCCAGGUGGCUUUCGGAUAGGCAAUACCCCUGAGCUCUAGGCGUGGUACAGCACUGUCGCUUUGUCCAGGCUUUUCCUGGCUCAAGGAGGCUUUGCGGUGUCUUAUUGCAUAAGGUCUGUCUGAAGCUGCCUCGGACGAGCAUUUCCUCUCGAGCUGCAGUUAGAGAACGCAAAAGAACUGAGAGAGAGAGAGGAGAGGCUGCGACAUUGUCGGUUGCCACUUUGUUGCUGGGUCUGUUUGUAAAGUCCUCGCAUCGAUGUGGGGAAUUGUUUUAAUUUAUUUACAGGUGCGCGUCAGCGUGUUCUAGGGGGUGGAAAUAAGUUAGCUCAACUGUGGGUGAAUGGACGCAAACACAUAAUGAACACACACACACACAAGCAACGGCUGUCAGAAUGGCUCAGAGGGCCGGAAGCACUUGCCACCAAGCCUGACAACCUGAGUUCAAUCCCCAGGUUGCACAUGAAAGAAAACUAAUUCUCUUAAGUUGUCCUCUAACCGUCACAUUCAGUGGUGUGUACACACACAUACACACACAGAUAUAAUUUAGUACUCAUGUCGCUUAUUUUCACAGCCUGUCAUAAACUGUAAACUAAGAGACAUCUUGAUAAAAACCCAUUUGAGUGAAAUUUCUAGGCUCAGGUGUUUCUGAGUGCUUUGAAAUCCCACCUCCUUCAGUAUCUCUGCGCUGCUCAGAGGUGACAGACCCCAGGCUGCCAGCUGGUUUAGGUCGAUAGGAAUUUCCUUUAUGAAAAAGGCCGGCAUAGGGUUGACUAUCCUUUCCAUCUGAGCAGUUCAUCCCAGGGAGAAUAGCUCCAUGGGUUUCCAUCCGUUCCCCAUGCUUUGUCGGUCACCCGACUAGGUGGCUAGAUGACAGUAGGCCGUCUGAGCCAUAGUUGCAAAGAUGACAGAAUCCUGGCCUGGGCUAUAAAUUGACAUAAAUAAAUACAUUAAGCUCUUCAUCCUUGGUGAGACACCGUCACGUGGUGUUGACACACAGACGCAAGACAGCUUGGGUUCUUCUGUGCGCCACCUCCAAAGCGGUCCGUGUCUGCUGUCUAACUGCUCAAGCUUUUCGGGACGUCAUGCCGUGAAAGGAUGAAUUCGUGGAGGGUGUUAGAGACAGUACCCCUUAACUGCAACUCCGUGAAGUUAUGCUCACCAUAAGCCUCCCCUCCUUCUGAUUUUUCAAGUUGAAGUGGUGUUUGUAGAAUUUCAAGUCUCCCUUUAGGUUUCUCUGUGCCCCCCAAAGAAAGAGGAGGUUCUCUUGAGUUGGCGUUAUCCAUGUUCCGUGUAUGUGUCCUUUCCAGUGUAAAACAGUGUUUACAUUUUCGAGCUGAGAUCUUGAUUGGCUGACUUACUCUAUAAAAUACCACUGCCACCGCUGAAGGACCAAGUGUUGGAACACAGAGAGUUGCCAGCAAGGCGAGCGGAAGGGACGCGCGUCCGUCUGUGUCAUUCUAUGGCUGUACUGUCGUCUGUGCCCGCCCCCGUUAUUUAUUAUUGUUGAUAUCUUACUUUUUCUUACAUUCUGUUGUAAAUAAAGUACAAAGCAAUCUUCUUCCCAA